CGGCAGCACCUCCGUGCCUGUCCCUGCCACCCUCGGCAGCAGCUCCGUGCCCGUCCCGCUGGUCCCUGCCACCCUCAGCAGCACCUCCGUGCCUGUCCCGGCGGUUCCUGUGGGGCUCGGCAGCACCUCCGAGCCCGUCCCUGCCACCCUCGGCAGCAGCUCCGUGCCCGUCCCGGCCGCUCCUGCUGGACUCGGCGGCAGCUCCGUGCCCGUCCCGCUGGUCCCUGCCACCCUCGGCAGCAGCUCCGUGCCCGUCCCGCUGGUCCCUGCCACCCUCGGCAGCAGCUCCGUGCCCGUCCCGCUGGUCCCUGCCACCCUCGGCAGCGGCUCCGUGCCCGUCCCGGCGGCUCCGGCAGCCUGGAGAAAAAAAUCAGGAGGCUGAUGCAGAAGCACCAACUGUUCAUGCUGUUGAGAUGUCCUGUAUUCCAUUGUUAAUGGAACCAGCAUGUUCCAGCUCUGAGGUAGAGGGAGCCGCAAAAAUGAGGAAUAAUGAUGCUGCCUCCAGAUUUUUGGUUCCUCUGUCUGACGAUAAUGAAAGCAAACAGUCAAAAUCUAUUCAAAGAAAGAGAGUGCUUCCAUCCUGGAUGUUGGAAAGAGAUCUUCUGGUGCAGAGGGUUUCCAAGCCUGUUCUGACAGGAGGUAGCAGGAAGAAAAAAGGGCAAGGAAGGGGAGAAGGUCAUACAGAGUCAUUCAACUCAGAAGUACAUGUACAGAAGAAAAAAAGAUUGGCUUCUGAAGAAACUAUAGAGGACCUUGAAGAUGGAGAGCAAGAUCAAGGGAAAAGGAGCUGCCUUUCCAUCCCUGUUCACUCAUCUCAGAAUACAUCCGGAUUUCCUCUUGAGACUGUCAUGAGAGAUAUGGAAGGAAGUGGCAAGACUGGAACAAAGAACCCUGGAAGUUCUCUGGAAAAAAAUGCUAGGCAGCUGCACAGCAAAUGGACUAAAAGAGUAGGUCAGAACUCCAAUAAAGACAACAGAAUUGAGGAAACAGAAACCAAAGAGCACAUUACUGGUUCUACAAGCCAACAGGCUCCCUGGGGCAGGACUUGCCAAUAUCUUGGUGCCCAGGAAGGCAUUCUUGAGCCUGAUGCAAAUCUGGACUGCAGCACUGAGAUUUCUGAUUCAGCCAGAAGUGCAGAUGCUUCCGAAAGCUCCAAAAAGAUGCAGCAUAAGAGGAUACCUUGCAAGUAUGGAAGUAGCUGUUACAGGAAGAAUCCCGUUCACUUCCAGCAGUUCAGUCACCCUGAUGAUGAUGACUAUCACAACAUGGAGGUGGUGGCUCAGGGUGACAAUGACAGCCGGCCUGAGUGUCCCUAUGGAACAGCUUGUUACAGGAAGAACCCCCAACACAAGGUGGAAUACAAGCACAGUGCACCUCCAGUAACUGGAAGAGGAACACGACAACCAGCUCCAAGCAAUGGAAGAAGGGCUGUGAAGAAGGACAGUAUCAAUGAUGGUGAAGCCAAUGAAUAUGACCUCAAUGACAGCUUUAUAGACGAUGAGGAGGAGGAGGAGUGUGAACCUACUGAUGAAGACUCAGAUUGGGAACCAAGUUCAGAAGAAAAGGAUGACUAAGAUGUUGACAAACUUGUACAAGAAACAUCGAGAUUUGUUAGGAUCAAAAAAUAGCUGCUGAGAACAGCCUAACAAAUGUCCAGUGUAGUUGUGUUAAAACAUGGUUGCACAAAGGAGAGGAGUUGUUUGAAAAUUUUUUUCUCCAUGAUGUAGGCUACAGGAAGAUAAUAAUGAGGGUGAGGAGAUUCUGCAAAGACUUAUCCAUGUGUAUUAUUUUGGGGCUGGUGUGGUGUUUGUUUUAUUAAGUCAUGGACCC